CCUAAAUAUAAAAAUUUGCCUACAUAGCAGCACUUGUCUCUGUCUACUCUUUCCUCUCUGCUUCAUCACCACCACCACCACUGCUCUCACUCCACCCUUUCCCCUCUCUCUCGCUUCCCAACGAAACCGCCACAAUGCGGUCGUCGGCGGCAUUGCUCCUUCUCCUAGCUCCGCUACUCCUCUCAGCCGUCUCCGGCCACAACAUCACCCGCCUCCUCGCCAAGCACCCGGAGUUCUCCACCUUCAACCACUACCUCACCCUCACCCACCUCGCCGACGAAAUCAACCGCCGCACCACCAUCACCGUCUGCGCCGUCGACAACGCCGCCAUGGACGCCCUCCUCGCCUCCCGGCCCACCAUCUACACCGUGAAAAACAUCCUCUCCCUCCACGUCCUCCUCGACUACUUCGGCCCCAAGAAGCUCCACCAGAUCACCAACGGCACCGCCCUCGCCGCCACCCUCUUCCAGGCCACCGGAUCCGCCCCCGGAUCCUCCGGAUUCGUCAACAUCACCGACAUUCGAGGCGGGAAAGUCGCCCUCGGCCCCGAGGACAACGGCGGCUCCCUCAACGUCUUCUUCGUCAAGGGGGUCGAGGAGCUUCCCUACAACAUCUCCGUCAUCCAGAUCAGCAAGAUCCUCCCCUCCGACGUCGCCGCCGCGCCCACCCCCGCCCCCGCCGCCAUGAAUUUGACCGGCAUUAUGUCGGCGCACGGUUGUAAGGUCUUCGCCGACACUCUCCUCGCCUAUCCUGAUGCUUCCAAGACUUUCCAGGAGAGUAUGGAUGGAGGAUUGACAGUGUUCUGCCCCAUGGACGACCCAUUCAAGGCCUUCCUGCCCAGAUUCAAGAACCUUACCGCGGCGGGGAAGGUCUCGCUGCUCGAAUUCUUCGGGGUUCCGGUGUACAUGUCGAUGUCGAUGCUGAAAUCCAACAACGGCGUGAUGAACACCCUGGCCACCGACGGGGCAAGCAAGUACGACUUCACGGUGCAGAACGACGGCGAGCAGGUGACCCUGAAGACGAAGAGCACCACCGCAUUGGUGACGGGGACACUGAUCGACGAGCAGCCCCUCGCGGUGUACACGAUCGACAAGGUGCUGUUGCCCAGGGAGCUGUUCAAGGACGCUCCUUCGCCGACCCCUGCACCGGCGCCUGCCCCCGAGAAGGCUGCAGAAGCGCCCAAGUCGGGCAAGAAGAAGAAGAGCAGCAAGGCUCCUCCUUCGUCGGACGACGAUGCUGAUUCGCCAGCGCCGGCUGACGGACCGGAGGCAGAUUCGGAGGAUCAGGAGGCUGCAGAUGAGAAUGCUGCUCUGAGCCGGCUUGCUGGUGUUGGGCAGGUGGUGUUGAAUUUGUGCCUAGGACUAGUAAUGGUGUUGCUGUAGCUGGUAUAUCCCCCAUUGAAAUGUACUCUCUAUCGAUGUAAUCAGGGAAGUCACGGCUCAAAAAUUUUCGUUAUUUGUUUGAGGGCAGGGGAAUAAGGGAAAGGGUAUUUAUGUGCCAUUUGUUUUCUCUUUUUGGUGUGUGGUUUUGGGUUUAGGGUUUGUGAGGGAGAGAGCUUGCUUGUAAUGGAGAGGAACUUGUAUUCUUGUACCUUUAGUGUGUGUUUAUCUUUUCUCUUCUUCCCUCUGGUGAGUAGCAGAUGGUUAUUGCAUUGAAGUUCUUUGGUUGAGAGGAUUUUCUGUUUAGUUGUUUUAUAAGAUAGUAUUGGGGUGCACAGCACAAUCUUUAUGUUAAUUGCAUGUAGUACAUUCAAUGAAAUAUAUAAGUUUGCUGAUACAAAACCCUACUACAAUGUCGGUGUGAAGGUGCCACACUUUAGUCAAUUUGGUUGAUUACAUGGUAGCCACUAGGGUCUAGGGCUGUCGGUUGGUUUGAUUAACCAAA